UGCAGUUAUUCAAAGCUGAAGUAUUUUGAGAAACCUGCCACGUACCCCAAAAAAUUCCUCUCAAGUACCCCUGGGGGUAUGCGUACCCCAGGUUGAGAACCCCUGAUUUACAGUAAUCGCUCGCGUAUCUGGAAAAAGUUAAGUUUCCAGCAGCAAAAGACUUCCCGCCAGUAUGAAGCUCGAAGCUGAGGGGGGUGGACGCGUGUCUGACGUAGCUCCACUCCAGCCACUUUAGCCACAAUGGAUGCUGUCGCAGGACCUUCUGGAGUAAAAAUUACCCCGAAGCAGUUUUACAAGAGGAAGAAAACAUUGACCAGUGAAGAAAUAGCAGAGAGCCUCACCUGUAGUGACACUGAAAAUAUGGGUGAAUAUGAUGACAAUGAAAUUGAUGACAUCGGCGAUCCCGAAAUACCAGAUAUUGGCAGCAGUAGUGAGGAAGAAGAGGAUGAAGAUACAGUUGUUUUGGUAUUGGAUGAUGCAGAAAUUAUUGAAGCUCCUCAUCCUCCAGCUAAACGUAAAAGAAAGAGACGCAUCAUCUGGAAACAAAUUACACCUUCCAUUCCUGUUUUUGAUAGUGAAGAGCAGUCAGAAGAUGAGGUUUUGCUGACACCUUUGCAGUAUUUCAAGAAGUUUUUGUCUGAUGAUUUUCUCAAAGACAUUGUUGAGCAAUGCAAUUUGUAUGCUCUGCAGCAAAAUCCAAAUAAGCCACUAAGUCUUACAUGUAGUGAAUUUGAACAAUGGCUAGGAUGUUCCUUCUUCAUGUCAGUUAGUAAGAUACCCAAUACACGUCUUCAUUGGUCUUCUUACACAAUGAGUGACGCUGUAUCAUCAGUUAUGAGUAGGAAUAGGUGGGAAGAGAUCAAGUCCCAUUUGCACCUAGUGAAUAAUAAUACCAUUGACAAGACUGACAAAUUAUGCAAAGUAAGAAUGUUGGUUGACCAUUUGAAACAAGAGUUUAGGAAAGUUCCCAUGAUAGAACAUCUGAGUAUAGACGAACAAAUUGUUCCAUUCAAGGGGGUUUCAAGCAUGAAGCAGUACAACCCUAAGAAACCCUCUAAAUGGGGAUAUAAGAUAUUUGUACUAGCAGAUGAUAAGGGUUAUGUGUAUGAUUUCAGGCCAUACACAGGUAAAAUUGAUCCUGUAGAUAAGAAUGAUGUGCCUGACCUUGGUCCAAGUGCCAAUGCAGUUUUACAUUUAGCAGAAGUGAUACCUUAUCACAAGAACCAUAAAUUGUACUUUGACAAUUGGUUCAAUUCUCUCCCAUUAGUAGAAUACUUGGCAACUAAAGGAAUUUGGUGCUGUGGUACAGUUCAAAGUAGAAGACUUCCAGGUUUAUCAUUCCAGUCUGAUAAACAGCUAGCCUCCAAAGGCAGAGGAAGUUAUGAUGAAUGGGUGACAACAAAUGAAGAGGGAGUUACUACAAAUGCAAUCAAAUGGUACGAUAAUAAAGGAGUGUGCCUAACUUCAACAUUUGCUACUUCUCAGCCACUACAGACAUGUGUUAGAUAUGAUAGGAAAAGAAAAGAACAAGUUGAAGUUCCUGUACCCAGUAUUGUCAAAAUGUAUAAUGAGCAUAUGGGAGGUGUAGAUCUCCAAGACCAACUCCUUGCAUACUAUAGAAUGUCUUUUCGGUCUAGGAAAUACUAUCUGAGGCUUGUUUUUCAUCUCUUUGACAUGGCAGUAGUCAAUAGUUGGCUAGUUUACAGGCGUUCCGCUACCUCACUUGGAAUACCUGAUAAAAAACAACAUGCUCUUUGUGAUUUCAAAUUAAAACUGGCUUACUCACUCACAAAUAGUGGCAAGGAUUUGAGAAAGAAAAGAGGAAGACCAUCAACUGAUGUUGUAAAGGUGAACUUUGAGAAAAAGAAGAAAUGUGGGAGAGCAACAAAACCCAUCCCUGAAGAUGACGUCCGCAAGGAUGGCAUAGGUCACUUUCCUGCUGUCUCAGCAAACCGAGAGACAUGCAAACUCCCAGGGUGCAAAAGCAAAGUGCGUAUGCACUGUCUGAAAUGCAGUGUGCACUUGUGCUGCGACCAAAAGAAGAAUUGCUUCCUAGAAUUUCACCAGUAAUAAUGGAAAUUAGUGAAGUAAAAGCAUCAGUUACAAGUUUCAGUGAGGAAAAAUAAUGUAUUUACCUAUUAGGAAAACUUUACAUCAUUAAUACUAUAUUUUUAUGUUGUCACUCAUCUACUUUGUUCAUGUGAAAUUUCAAUAUAAUUCAAUCAGUUGA